AUGGAAGUAGCUGUUGUUAAGACCCUUUGCUUGGGUUUAAACCCCAAGAUUAUUAGCUAUAAGCAUCAGAAGGGUAUCUUUGUUCCUGAUAUUUCGUGCAAUAGAGCGAGUUUUUCUCCUCAAAUAAGAUACAAGGCACUAAAGUUCCAUGGAAGAGAAAGACAUGAAGGUCUUCAUCCUGCUCAUGCUAUCUCAUCAGGUGCAAAAGCUGAUAAACGAGAGCUAAAGAUAAGAGUUGAGGUAUCAGGAGCCAAAACUCGAGCUAUAUUCAAUGAUGUAUUUGACAAAAUGGUUGCUGAUGCCCAGCCAAUCCCAGGUUUUCGAAGAGUAAAAGGAGGAAAAACACCAAAUAUACCAAGAGAGAUUUUGUUAGAAGUUCUUGGAUCAUCAAAUGUAUACAGGCAAGUAAUCACAAAAGUAAUUAACUCCGCCGUGGCUGAAUAUGUUGAAAAGAAAAGCCUAUCAGUUGGUAAAGAUUUGAGAGUUGAAGAAAGCAUUGAAGAUCUUGAAGAGAUGUUUGAACCUGAUGAAAUAUUUAGGUUUGGUGCAGUCAUUCAACUUCAACAAACAGAUUGAGCAAUUUGUUUACGUGUUUGGUUCAACUUCUCAACCAAGUCUAUAUCCA